AGGCGUGCACUAAAGCAAACCCUCACUGAACUAAAGGCAACCCGUAUUGUGGCUUUCACACAACCACUGUUCAUCAACUCAUACCCACUUAACACAAGGAUCUCCGACGUUCGAACUAGUUUCUUCGUUAGAAAUUCACUGUAGAUGUAACGUUGUUGGAGAGCUGCGUUUCCAUUACUGCGUUCUCAAACACAGGAGUGUUAACCCGCGGGUCUUGGAGCAGAAACGUCAGGAGGGAAAAGACUAGAGAGGCAAAGAAAAAGGAAAUCUGAAACAUGAUCUCCUUGUUGUGUCUCAUGCUGUUUUUUCCACGUGUGUUCACCUCGUCGACACAGGUGGCUGUGAUCUUCCCCCAGGACCCAGCAUUGCAGAUAGGUUCCAGCCUGACGGCCACAUGCACAGUCAGCCCAGAGCGGGGACUGCUUGUACACACUAUGUACUGGACAUUGAACGGGAAAAGACUCAGCAGUAGCACGUAUGGCCUGCUGAGCCCAAAUGCCCUCAGUGUCACCCUGCACCGCCUAAACGGCUCCCAGCAGCAGUCCGGGGACAACCUGAUGUGUCACAGUGGAGAUGGACAUGUCCUGGCUGGCUCCUGUCUUUAUGUAGGCUUGCCCCCAGAGAAGCCAGUCAACCUAACCUGCUGGUCCCGAAACACAAAGGACCUGAGCUGCAAGUGGACCCCUGGGGGGAGGGGUGAAACCUUCAUCAAAACCAAAUACACCCUCAAGUACAAAUUGAGGUGGUACGGGAGAGAGAGACAAUGUGAUGACUACAGCACGGGGCAGAACCAUCUGUGUUACAUCCCCAGUGACCUGGCCCUCUUCACUCCCUACGAGAUCUGGGUGGAGGCAUCCAAUCAGCUUGGGACUGCCACCUCUGAUGUCAUCACUUUGGACAUCCUGGAUGUGGUGACUACAGACCCUCCAGACAACAUCCAUGUGAGUCGUGUGGGGGAGCUUGAGGACCAGCUGACCGUCAGCUGGGGUAGCCCUCCAGCACUCAAAGACUUCUUGUUCCAGGCCAAAUACCAGAUACGAUACCGACUGGAGGACAGCCUUGAAUGGAAGGUAGUGGACGAUGUAGGUAACCAGACAUCAUGCCGGCUAGCUGGGUUGAGGCCAGGGACGGUGUACUUUGUCCAAUUGAGGUGUAACCCAGUGGGAAUCUAUGGCUCCAAAAAGGCUGGGAUCUGGAGUGACUGGAGCCACCCUACAGCUGCCUCCACACCUCACAGCGAGCGGCUGCAGAGUGGGUCAUGUGACCCGAAGUCGGGCGAGCAGAACUCCACCCUGCGACAGGAGCUCAAGCAGUUCUUUGGCUGGGUCCGCAAACACACCUACGGCUGCAGUGGCAUGUCAAUCAAACUGUACGACCAGUGGAGGGUGUGGUUGCAGAAAUCGCAUAAAACGCGCAACCAGGUCGGAAUCCAUAUGGAACAGAAAAAGAACUGAUGCGAGACGCCAGCGUGUUACACUGCUGUCUGCCACACAGGAUUAAAAUAGAGUGGAAUCCCUCUUUGCUCAGAUACAGCCAUCUAUCUCUACGAAUUGCUCACUCACUGACUACACACAAACAGAUCGGUGAGUGGGAGGAUGGACACGUUUCUUAAUGUAGCAUUAGAAUGUGUUUGACUCAAUGGCCAUAAAUCAUCGCACAGACUACCGUCAGAUCAGACAAGUAGUGGCCACUAUCAUAGGCUUUUAACACAGACUUAAGACCAUUUAGCAAUCCUGCUGUAAUGUUUUAUAUAGUGCAAAGAACUAUUUCAGCUCCUGUUUGGAAAAGUCUAUCACAGAACAUUUCAGUAUUCUAGAACAUGAAGGAAUUUCCAUAUUGUAUUUCCAUUUUAACCACUUUAAAAAGAUAGCUAAGGAUUUUGGGAAUAAAGCCCUUAAUCUACUUCCCCAGAGUCAGAUGUACCAUGUUUUAUUGUUGCCUUACGUCAGAGAAGACACAGAUUCUGCAUCUCCAUGACACUUCCAUGUUUGUAGUGACAACGUCUGAAGUGAGGUGAUUGUUAUUGGGUCCUGUAUGGAGAUGGUCCCAUGUCCAGCCAUAUAGCGAUUGCAUUAACCCUAGUUUUCAACUCCCUCAAAUUAAAUGUAGACAUUAAAUUAUAUACACAAGGUACUGAU